GGCGCCCCGGCCUUGGGCUCAGGGAUGGAGCUGCAGGCGCUGUGGCGGCUCUGGUUGCUCUGCUGCUGCUGCUGCUGCUGCUGCUGCAUCUGCUGUGGCUCCAGCGCCACCUUCACCUCCAACCGGCCGCGGAGCGGUGACCGACAGGCAGCCGCCUUCCGGGAAAGUCUUAAUAGACAUCGAUACUUGAAUUCUUUAUUUCCUAGUGAAAACUCCACUGCUGUCUAUGGGAUAAAUCAGUUUUCUUAUUUGUUUCCUGAAGAGUUUAAAGCUAUUUAUUUAAGAAGCAAACCUUCCAGAUUUCCCAGAUACCCAGCAGAAGUGCAAAGAUCUCUCUCCAACGUGUCUUUGCCAUUAAGAUUUGACUGGAGGGACCAGCAUGUUGUAACACAAGUGAGAAACCAGCAGGCGUGUGGAGGAUGCUGGGCCUUCAGCGUGGUGGGUGCAGUGGAAUCUGUAUGUGCAAUAAAAGGGGAGCCCUUGGAAGACCUGAGUGUACAGCAGGUCAUUGAUUGUUCAUAUAAUAAUUACGGCUGCAGUGGAGGAUCUACUCUCAAUGCUUUGAACUGGUUAAACAAGACGCAAGUAAAACUGGUGAGAGACUCAGAAUACCCAUUUAAAGCACAGAGUGGCCUGUGCCAUUACUUUUCUGAUUCACAUUCUGGAUUUUCAAUCAAAGGUUUUUCUGCAUAUGACUUCAGUGACCAAGAAGACCAAAUGGCAAAAGCACUUCUUACCUUUGGCCCUUUGGUAGUGGUAGUAGAUGCGGUGAGCUGGCAAGAUUAUCUGGGAGGCGUAAUACAGCAUCAUUGCUCUAGUGGAGAAGCGAAUCAUGCAGUCCUCAUAACUGGGUUUGAUAAAACAGGAAGUACUCCAUAUUGGAUUGUGCGGAACUCGUGGGGAAGUUCCUGGGGAGUAGAUGGCUAUGCCCAUGUUAAAAUGGGAGGUAAUAUUUGUGGUAUUGCAGAUUCCGUUUCUGCUGUAUUUGUGUGAUAUGUUGGGAAGAUCAAGAGACCGCUACAAACAUGCAGGUUCAUCAUGAAAUGUAGUGUGGUCCUUCCUUCUUACCAUCAUUUACCUUUAGGCUUCAGCAACCACCCACAAAAGGUUCUGCUGCCUAGUAGUAUUUAAACUACGUUGUAAAAUUAUCCCUUCUUCUGGAGAGAGAGACAACCAAAGUCAGUAGGAAGAACACCAGCACCUGGCCUGGGAGGAAAUCUUUGGAAGUUUCCUACUCUGAGAUGAAGGUCAGAUUAGGAGAUAUUUUAGGUUUCUUCAAUUUGAAGAGGCUAUUAUCUGGUUUUGUCUGAUUGUUGUUUUUGUUUUUUUCCCCUUUUUUUAAAUUUAAUUUUUUUUCUUUUUUGAGUAAGAUUAGCCCUGAGCUAACAUCUGCUGCCAAUCCUCCUCUUUUUGCUGAGGAAG